CUGCCUACCACUACCUGGAACCAACUACCGACAAUCUUAUAUAAGACGCCAAAACUCUCAAGAAACGCAGCCGCAGGUCCAAUUGCUCCUCAUCACAACCCAGUCUUCUGCUUCUCCAUUCUUCAACUGAAAUAAGAUUAUAGCAAUGUCGUCUCUAAGGAAACAUAUUCACAAGGAUUAUAUCGAGCGUGCACGAGCUUAUCACCAAAAGAAGCAGGCUUUACGGAAACUUAAGCUAAAGGCGGCAUUGAGGGAUCCAGAUGAGUUUUAUUUAAAGAGGAUCAAAACAAAAAAAUUUGGUGUAUUCUACAAGCUAAAGAGACGGGCACAUAAGUACCCAGAAGAUGAUCUGGAAUCUAUUUUGCUGAAAAAGGAAAUUAAAGAAGUAAAUGUGGAACUGGAAGAGGUAAAUCUGGAGCUGAAAGAGGUAAAUCUGGAGCUGGAGGAGGUAAAUCAGGAACUGGAAGAGGUAAAUGCCGAUAUUGAAGUCAUGACGAGGGAAGCAAGAGAAUUGAGGAAAUUAUUAUAUGAUAUGCAGAAACGCAAGGAAAAUGCAACAGUUGAGAACCCUAAUCAAUUUAUCGAUGAUGGAGUCUUGAUGGAAACUCAAGAGAUAGGUGGCUCUUAGAAAAUUGUAGCAUCUAAUAACCUUGAAGUAAUACUAUUAUUUUGUGUUGAUAUGAACAAUUAUUUAUUUUUAUAUCUUUUUGUUUCUCUGGUGCUCUAAACUUUUAUUCUUCUUGUUGGUCAUGCAGAAAACUCUUUGAUUUUACA